UUGAAAUUAUUCUAGUCGCAUAGGUUUAUUAUUGUUCUCCGUGUUGAAGUGAAUUGAACAUUUGAAUCGAACACGAAGUUGUGGAAAGAAAAGGUCGGUGUAUUGUCAUUUGUGACGUUAAUACAUUAUUUACGAUAACUUCAUUUACGGACGACUGACAUCUUUUAUUAAAACUGCCCCCAGGGUUCCAUUCGGCGAUUUCCCUGCGUGUAUUUUGUAGGGAAUUCAUAACUGGUGUUGUCCAAGUACAAUAAUUUAAUUUUUAAUGUAUCACUGUAUCGUUUACUUAUUUACUAGUUCACUCAAAUCAAAUAUUACAGGAGCCAUCCAUCUUCAUGACUGUCCUCUACAAGACUUGGUGCCCAUCUGGCUGAUCGUGAGCGGCGUGGCUCCAAUCUUCUUUGGCGGCUCGGCGCGUAAACAAGGGGAUGACGGUGAUGAAAGUCAAAGUCCCGCGCGCAGCGUCUGUGGGGUCAUAGGGCUGAUCUUCAACCUUGCCUGGCUCAUCUGUGGAUCAUUGUGGGUGUACCCCACGUUCGGAACGGUAAACAACGAUGACUUCGUGCCCUGUAUUGGCAACGUUACGACGGGCUGCUCUCAAGACUGCCAUAAGCCGACCUUGACCUUCGCGUUUGCCAUGGUCACAAUCGACUGGAUUUUCUUCGUAUUCUGGUUUAUUACCACAUUGUGCUCUUUCCGUGCAAUUUGCUCUCGGUCACGUGGGGGAGCGCAGAUAAGUGCUUAGUGUGUGUAUUCUUUGAGCCAAACACAAUGAUUUUGUAUAUGUAUGCAAGUGUUUUCUAGUAUUUGUGUAAUGCGUCUUCGCUUCAUAAUAUAUUCUUGUAUCCAAACACAACUGAACGUUGUGACAAUUUUUUUUUGUCUUGGAACGAGCCAU